AUGGCGUCUCCUUCUAAGCCAGCGGUUUCAUCCUCAUCAACGCCUUCCAAGGCGCAUGUUGCCGACGCCUCUGUGGCUGAAAUGGUAGAAGAGUUGGCCGAAGGAAGUACUGAUACGGAGAAGAAUCCUGUGCCAGAAAAAGCAUGGAAGUCAGGUUUUGAUGGAAUUGGGAUGAAGCCAUUCCCAUCACAAGUGGCGCGUAUUCUUAGUGAACCCAUCAGCAAAGACGAUGUGGAAAUCAAGCCCGACGGUCUAUUGUACCUACCUGAAAUCAAAUACCGUCGCAUUUUGAACAAGGCAUUUGGACCAGGUGGUUGGGGUCUUGCGCCACAAGGGGAGGCUGAAAUUUCGCAAGGCAUUCUGAGUCGUGAAUGGACGCUCAUUUGCCUGGGGCGUUUUGUAUCUACCGCGCGUGGCGAGCAAGAGUUUUUCCGUCCUACGGGUGUUCCAACAGCGAACGAGGGUGCCAAGUCCAAUGCACUGAUGCGCUGCUGCAAGGACCUUGGCAUUGCCUCAGAGUUGUGGGAUCCGCGCUUCAUCCGCCAAUUCAAGGCCAAGUAUUGUGUUGAGGUGUGGUGCCAGACGACGGAUGGAAAAAAGUACGUUUCUCUUCUCUCACUCACACUGUCAGGAAAAAAUAUUGGCGACGCAAAGAUGAUGAGCCCUUCCAAUACCCCGCCAAAGAAGUAG